CAGACUUCUCCUUCAAGUCAGUAUUUAACUGUUAAAGUUCAAAUCACGAUGUUUAUAUCUGCCUGAGAUCGUGACGUCACCUCUUCUGUUUGCACUGGUUCCAGUUGAACCAUCAGAGUAAACCAGUAUCAGCUGCAGACCAGUUACAGUCCCAGUUAAAGUGCCUGUUAGCUCAUUUAUGGAGGUUUAUUUACUUAAUUAAAUAGCUUUUCAUGGAGUAAAUGACUGGAAGGAGAUAACUGGACCCAUAACCUGGUGUCAGAGACCUGGAAUCAUGAACCAGUUGCCGCGGGAUACCGUGCGGCUGCUGUCCAGCUCCCAGGUCAUCACCUCCGUGUUGAGCGUUCUGAAGGAACUGUUGGAAAACUCCCUGGACGCCGGAGCUUCAAGCAUCGAUGUUAAACUGGAGAAUUAUGGUCUGGACCGGAUAGAAGUACGAGACAACGGCCAAGGGAUCAAAACCGCAGAUACUCCCGUGAUGGCUGUGAGACAUUAUACUUCAAAGAUCUGUUGCCAUGACGACCUGGAGCGUCUGGAAACGUACGGCUUCAGAGGAGAAGCACUGGGCUCCGUUUGUGCAGUGGCGGAGGUAGCUGUCACCACGAAGACGGUGGAGGAGGACAUCAGCGUCCAAUACAUGCUGAACUCCACGGGGGAGAUUGUCUCUCAGAAGCCGUCUCACUUGGGUCAAGGUACAACAGUGUGUGUGCUGAAGCUGUUCAAGAAUCUCCCAGUGAGGAGGCAGUUCUAUUCCUCUAGCAAGAAGUGCAAAGAGGAGCUGAAGAAAGUCCAAGACCUGCUGAUAGCGUACGCUAUAAUCAAACCUGACCUGAGGAUCACGCUCGUUCACAAUAAGGUGGUGGUUUGGCAGAAGUCCAAGGUGGCCGAUCACAGAAGUGCCCUCCUUGCUACACUGGGGCCCGGCGCCGUGGCCAACCUGCUUCCAUGCCACUAUCACCAAGAGCAACCGGAGAUCUCUUUAGAGGGUUUUCUCCCGAAGCCUGGAGCAGAUUACUCCUCUACCAGCUCAUGCAGCCCUGACAAAACGUUUCUAUUUGUCAACAACCGGCCGGUCCACCAUAAGGAUGUAAUGAAGUUGUUGCGUCAGCACUACGCGGCUCAGUAUCCAGGAGAUUCAGCCUCAAAUCGAUAUCCCACCCUUCUGCUAAAGAUGACUGUUUCACCCUCUUCAGUCGAUGUCAACCUGACACCGGACAAGACCCAGGUUCUACUUGUUAACAAGGAGGCUGUGCUCACUGCUGUGGAGGCUUUGCUGGUUUCUCUCUAUGGCUUUAAACCUGGCGGUGAUCCCUCGGCUGAGAAACAGCUCGGCCGUGAGAUGUCUCCUUCGCUGGAUGAUGCUUCAAGUAAAGAUAUGGAUGUCGGUGUCACCAACCACAAUGACCAUGGCAUCGCUCUGUCUACGGCCAAGGGCUCAGAUGCAUCACUGCCCCCCCAGACCUCGAACAGCAGCUCUUCAUCUUCUGUGGCAGAGGACUGGAUUGUCAACCAGUCCAGCUUUUCUCUUUAUGAUGAUGAAGCGGCUCAGAGCUGCACUCAGACAACAGAAACAGACUCGGCGAACAAAUCCUCGGAGAGACUUGAGGACAAUGUGGGUUCAGUGACAGAAACAAACCAACCCCAGAUCUCAGCGGAGGACUGGAGCCGCGGGACGGCUCUGACCGACCCCGUAUCACGAGAACCCCUGCAGCCCGUUAAAAUCCACCAGCCCUCCAAGCUCAAUCAUUCCCACUCAAAUGAGUUAAAGAGCAACUGCAGCUCGAACAAAAAGAUGUUCAACAGCAUAAUGGAGAAGCGGGAUGCUCUGACAGCCUACGACCUGAUCAGCAGCCGUGCCGUCAGGGCGCCGCUCUCGUCUGCCACCUUGUUGGAGAAGGAGGCCAGAGCCGAGGUCCUGAGGGAGGAACCCACAGCCGGCCUGCAGGAUGUCAGUGUCACCGCUCAAGAGAGGUGGAAAAAUCUGAGGGAGGACGACCAUAAGAAGUCUGAGGAGAAGGCGAAACACCACCAGGACCAAAGGAGCAAGCUGGCCCCUGCUGAGGGCCCCAGAGACCCCAGCCCGGCCCCCCCGAGGAGCCACGUGCGCAGCCUGAAACGCAAAGCCCCCCUGUCCAAUCAGCAGCUGCUGGACGAGCUCUUCUCUGCUCAGCCCCAGAGGAAGAUGAAGACCUCAGCAGCUCGGCCCUCGCAGCCGCUCCCCUGCAGCGUGGCGGCCCUGCGGCUGCGGCUCCAGCGCCUCUCAUCCCGGCGCAGCGCAGCGCCGCGGGCCCCCCCCCACCGCCUUGUAAACCGCCUGGCCUCUCAGAACGCCUGGGUCAUUUUAUGUGGUCAGAGGCUCAUGUUGUUAAACCCAUUUCGAGUGGAGGAAGCCUUGCUGUUUAAGAGACUUCUAGAGAAUAAUAUACUUCCAGCUGAGAGUCUGCAGAACCCGAUACAGUUAACAGAUGGAAAUCUAGGGGGAGCUGAAUAUACAGAUGCUUUGUGCAACAUGGAGAAACGAAGCCCUGAGCUGGAUGGACGCCUCCUCUUCUCUGAUCCCAGGCUUGUGGCUAAUGGGUUUAAAAUCAAACUCACUCCAGGCCUCACGUCAGCCGACAGACAUCUGGAAGUGACAGCCAUGGCCGACUGUGUGCCUUUCCUCGGUGUGGACGACCUCAGGGAGAUCCUGACUGCAGUUCUUCACAGGAAGGCCGGGACGGUGCAGGAGAGCCGGCCGCUCAAAGUCACAAACUACCUGCAGGGAGAAGCUGUACGACUUGCCCGGCAGGUGACCACAAAUCUAUCCAGGGAAGAUGUGGAGGAAAUGCUGGUGCGGAUGGAGCAGCAGCUUGGGGAGAACAGCAGGUCCUGCAUCCACGGCCGGCCGUUCCUCCAGCACCUCUCUGACGUCCCGGUCACCGAACAGGAAGCUCAGGCUCUGCUGACUCCAGAGCUGCAGACGCCUUCAUGAGAACUACCGCUUUGUUUCCAGUCUCUAAUGAUGUCCAACUUUGUUACAAGCAGAAUAUCAGAAUAAAGUGAUCAAGUAUGUGAUGCAUUUUGUCAACCGUGAAUAGUUCAUUUCUAUAAAAGGAAACAGAAUUGGUGGACUGGCUCUCGAUGUCUCUGUUUUGUCAUUUCUUUAAUCUUUUAUCUGUAUUUAUCUGGCGCUUCUCUAGUCUUGAU